GGCACCAUUGUCUAGUAAUUAUAGUUACAAACAAACCUAUAAAUAGUUGCAUCUAAUGGAUAAAUGUUUUUAGUACAAAAACAAAAUCCAAAUUUGAUCAAACUUUCAAGUAUAUAUAUCUUCUAAUAAGUCUUUUUGUGAAUAUUUUGGAAGAAAAAAAUGCAGGCUAUCAAGGAAAAGUUAAAUGAUAUGAGCGCCAUGCGCAAGGCCAAAGCUGAAGCUAAGGAGGAGGAAAAAGCAGAGAAGGAGAUGGCUAAGGCAAGAGUAGAAGUAGCACGUGAGGUAAGAUUGGCAAAAGAAGCAGAAGCAGCCAUGGAUAUGCAUGUCAACAAAGCAGCAGAGAAGAUUGCAAAUGAAGAGAAAAAGCACAUUAAUGAAUCUACAGAUGGAACCUUGGACCCUUAUGCAUCUAGUUUCACCAACACUAACAAUCCCAGUGGAGGACACCCUUAUGGUAAUCAUCCUGGUCAGAUGAAUAAUGCUGGCGCAGGACCAAAUAACCAUCUACUUUAAACCCUUCAUGUACGGGGGAGACGGAGCCGGGAAUUCCACAAAAGGGGUUAAAAAUAUAAUUAAGUAAUUAUGAAUAAACGAAGGAGGUUCGAAUGAAGCCCUUUCAUUUCCUAGUUGAGCCCAUGUUUAUGUACUUAGGUAGUUUGAUGCCUCAAGCUUUGUUAUAUAAUGGAAGAAUAAGUUGAGCAACUUUUGAUGUUCUCCAAUCUUCCAAACAAAUAAUAAUACAAAACAAAGAGGUUUUUACAA